UGAGCUAACGCUCGUCCAGCAGCUUUUUUUUUGUCGAUGGCAUGGUGCUAGUAGCUGCCGCACAAUAACGUAGUCGAGAAAAUACGAAUAGACUAAACGAAAUUCGGAUGCCUAAAUGGAAUUAGUCGAUUAAUGUGGUUUCCGAAGUACAUGACAGCCAUCACAUCGUUAACAUUUCAAAAUCUCGCCUCAAAUUUUGAGGUAGCCGAUUCUUCCCCAAGGUUAGCUAGCUAGCGGGCUAACGAUAGCCGAUUAACACUAAACUAGUUCAGGUAACUAUAAUUCGGCAACCAGUUAAUACCCAGUACCUCUUGAAUUCGUAGAAGUUAUUAGAAGUCGGCCGGAACAGGGGCAGAACAUGGCAGAAGCCGACAAGUUGAACAUCGACUCCAUUAUACAGCGUCUUCUCGAAGUGAAAGGCUCCAGACCUGGCAAAAAUGUUCAGCUGACAGAGAAUGAAAUCCGUGGUCUUUGCCUCAAAUCCCGGGAGAUCUUCCUCAGCCAGCCAAUCCUGCUUGAACUUGAGGCGCCCCUCAAGAUUUGUGGUGAUGUUCACGGGCAGUACUAUGAUCUGCUGAGGCUGUUUGAAUAUGGAGGCUUUCCACCAGAGAGCAACUACCUGUUCCUGGGGGACUACGUAGACAGAGGCAAGCAGUCCCUGGAGACCAUCUGUCUGUUGCUGGCUUACAAGAUCAAAUACCCAGAAAACUUCUUUCUGCUGAGAGGAAACCAUGAGUGCGCCUCUAUUAACAGAAUAUACGGCUUCUACGACGAGUGUAAAAGGCGAUACAACAUAAAACUGUGGAAGACCUUCACUGACUGCUUCAACUGUUUGCCUGUAGCAGCCAUUGUUGAUGAGAAGAUCUUCUGUUGCCAUGGAGGCCUGUCUCCAGACCUCCAGUCCAUGGAGCAGGUGAGAAGGGUCAUGCGUCCCACUGAUGUUCCUGACCAGGGCCUCCUGUGCGACUUGCUGUGGGCAGACCCCGAUAAAGAUGUGCUGGGCUGGGGUGAGAAUGACCGCGGUGUCUCCUUCACUUUUGGUGCAGAUGUGGUGACAAAGUUCCUCCACAAACAUGACAUGGACCUCAUUUGUCGAGCCCAUCAGGUGGUUGAGGACGGAUAUGAAUUCUUUGCAAAGAGGCAGCUCGUGACUCUGUUCUCUGCCCCAAACUACUGCGGGGAGUUCGACAAUGCCGGCGCUAUGAUGAGUGUAGAUGAGACCCUCAUGUGUUCAUUCCAGAUCCUCAAACCUGCAGAUAAGAAGCUGUUCUAUGGUGGGGGCGGGGGCAUGGGCUCCGGUCGCCCAGUCACUCCACCUAGGAAAGCUAAGAAAUGACACCAGUAGUUUGCCCUUGACCCUUGUCCUGCCCUCUCUACCUCUUCUUCUCCUUUCUUUCACCAAACAGCCAGAAAUCAAACCUAUACCCAGGGCUUUUAUUUCCUUUUUUAUCUGUACUUCUUAAAACGUUUAAUGUUACAGAUGGUCUGAGUGAGUGUGCGCGUGUGCAGGCUUACAAACGUCUGCAGGUGAGCAUUAAAAUCAUGUGUGCACGUGUAUAUUCUGUGUGAGAAUAUUAGAGAUUUAUACUCCCUGCUCCCCCCCUUUCUCUGACCACUCUUCCCACUGAAAGGCUGAAACCACAUUGUCUGUACAGUAACUUGACUGAAAUGACAGGGUUUGGGAGAAGGUGGGAGAUUGCUGAUGUAAUGAAUUUGGCAACAAGCUCCUGUUAGCAGAUGGUGUGUACGUACAUACUUGUGGAAGGGGGAUUUAUUUUUUUUAAAUAUAUAUUAUUAUUUUUUCCCCUGUCCUCUGUACUGUAAAAUCGAAAACACAGGUGUGUGCGUGUGUGUGCAUGCUGUGUCUUGCCUGUUGGAGUAUGAUCACAAUAUGCUUGAACAGGGAGGAGUUUGUCACCUUAUCAAAGCGAGCGCACAUUUGCACACAUGCCCACACACGUGCAUAUGACUCGUCAGAUUCAUAUGAGCCAGAGCUGUUUAAAAAAAAAAAACAAAAAAAAAAAAACACAAAAAAAACGACAAACAAAUAAAAAAACAGUCCAGUUUAGGUUUGUACAGAUUUGAUUACUUGAAAGAUUUUUUGUGAAUUCGUUUUGUAGUCUUUCAUCAAGUUGACCAAUAAAGCGAGAAUCUGAGCUGUACUGUCUCUCAGUCGUUUUUCCGUAUCUGCUUCGGUAUACAAUAGUACUCUUAGUUGCUUGGGCGGUUAUUUUAAAGGCUCUAAAUGAAUGGGGAGGUGACUUUUAAUUUCAAACAUGAUAAAUGCAUGUAUAAACAAAUCUUAUUAGAAUUUUCCUUUUAUUAAGAAUGAACAGAUUAUAAACUCAUCUGUCAGUCUCAUUUCUUUCUGGUCAUAUUCUAUUUAUUCUCUGGUGUAAUGGGCUAACUGGUUGGCAGAGGGAGAUACUUGUACCCGGAGAUUAUCUUAGACAAUGCAUUUCAUCACAGAAAAGUUGCAAGUUUUGUUUUUUAAACAUGUUCCUGUAAAUGUUUCACAAUAAAAGUCUUUUCCAAAAAGA